AUGACUAAGCUCCCAGACAAGUGGCUGGAUACGAUCCUCAACCUCAUGUUUCUGGGUCACCCGUCUUUAGCUUAUCGGCCCAUAGCUGACUCGCGGACUGUUGUGCGAUUGGACAGAGGCUCUAAUAUGCUCAGCAAUGGUGAUCCACCAGAGACCUCGAGUCGAUACUCUGCAGUCUCCGAAGCCGAGCCCGACGUCUUCACGACGGCGGAUGGAGUGAUGACCAUUCUGUCGGUGGCACACGCCGGCAAGCGUGCUCACCACUCGAAAGGGACUAGACACUCACGCUACGCCGAGUACAUCACAUGGGACCUCUUAGCGGGUCCGGAUGAAGUGAAAGAUGACCUAUGGGUGACAAAACUGGGACUGAAUGCUUACGUUGUCAACGAUCGGGACGGCAGUGCAUUCCUGCGCCCGCGAAGCCGGAAGAGGUCACAUUUCGACACGGCCAGAAUCCGUCCUUACGCCAAAGGGGCCCUCCUCGUUACGGGGAGAGCGACUUGUCGUUUCCGGAUGAUCAGAUCUGGGUUCACACGCCUUCGGAAGGUAGUUGCCUUUGAGGACGAGACAGAUCGAACAGCUGCCGACUACCACAUUGUUUCAUCGGCAGCAUCCCCUUCAUAUUUGAGAGAAGCGUCUGAAAGUCAGUCGUCUACUUCUAUUGCCCCUCCCCGGCUCGCUGUCUCGCGAGUGGCAGUCUCGCCGGUGGACCCGGGCGCACUAAGGGGGCAGCCGGUAGCUGAAUUACGAACUGUUAUGUUUAAUCAUCUCUAUUCAUCAGAGAAUCUCGGGGAUCAUCAAAAGUUGAAUAAUUUUAACGAGGCCUUCUUGUUGAGGCAUUUCCAGAAUACUCUGGGAGCAUGGAUGGAUGUUUGUGAUCACGAGAGGCAUUUUUCUACUACGGUCGUCGAACGAGCCCCGUCGUGUGCUCUGUUGAGGUAUGCCUGUCUCGCCAUCGCCGCUCGCCAUCUCUCACACACCACCAACACCAUCCCAUCGAAUGCAGCGGACGGGUAUCACGAGCGCUGUAUCGCCAUUCUCCUUCCGGUCCUUGAAAACCCUGAUUUCAAAAUCAGCAUCGAGAUCCUCCUAGCCUCGACGGUCAUACUACGAUUCUUCGAGCAGUUAUCCUGUGGGUCUCCUGAUCUGGCCUCGUAUUCCAUCGUGGCUAGUUUUUUAACAAACAAAAUGAAAAUAGCACAUACUCCAUCCAGUGACCUUCAACGACACUUACUCGCCGGGUCAGUGUACAUCAGUUCGCACGUCGACUGCGCCAUCUCUGGCGGCCUCGCGGAGGCCUCGUUCUGGGUUUUCGUGAAACAAGACAUCCAGUUUGCCCUAGCGUACCGCAACCCGCUUCGACUGACCAUCAGCCCAUUCGAAGAGAAACUCCGCCAGCGAUGGGAGCAGACCAGCGUACCGAAUGACCGGGACUGGUCGCACAAGGCGAUCUGGUUGUUAGCGGAAACCAUCAAUUAUUGCUACGGGGCUACGCAUCCGCUCCACAUGGACACGAUCGACGGGGAAGCGCUGAAGCGAAAGAUUUGUGCCUGGGAGGCCGGAAAGCCGGAGAGUUUCCAGCCAUUGCAUUUUUCGCCGGCGAAUACGAGCACUGGGAGGCCGUUUCCUCUAGUCUGGUUUACUAGUUCGGCUCAUGCUACGGCGGUCCAGCAUAUUUGCAUGACCAAGGCAUUAAUUCACCAACAUGAGCUCCACACGAUGGGAGGGUCGGAAUCCAGUCUCGAGUCGAAAAGAAUCUCGGACGAGGUGAUGAAAAACUUGAGCAUCAUUUUCGGCAUUGCUCUAUCUGCCGAGGACGAUCCACCCGUGCGCAUAAUGGCCUGCCACGCUCUCUGUGCCUGUGGUUCCUGGAUUCGCGAUCCCCUGGCGCAAAACACCCUUCUCGAUCUGCUUCGUCGCACGGAGGCCGAAAACGGCUGGCCUUGGAGUUUUGCCAUGCAGAAGUUCAGUCAUGAUUGGCGGGCGCCGCGAUGA